AUGUCUUUUAAGAAUUGGUAUGACCUGCUCGAAACCAAUAGCCCCAAGCGGGUGGUUAGUUGGUCCUGCGAACAAGAUCUAAUCACCAUGGACGACAUUUGCCUGUUCAACUUCUCCCAACUCGCUCUCGAGCUCCGACUCUCAGCAAACCACCAACACCUGACCUCGUGCCAGAUCAAAGACCUCCAAGGGCGAUUACCGAGACCAAAACUCGAUGUACUUCGUAAGGAUGUUCGGCAAAUCAUUCAUGACAUAUUUAUUGCUUCUCCCAUGGUGAAGCAAUUUGACCUCGAGGUUGCCAUCCUGCAAACUCACGAGCUCAUGGCCGAGUUCGAGCAGGAAGCAAACCCCAGUGCCAAAGCUGACAAGGGAUGGUCGGCGGGCGAGAUUUCAGACUGGAAUGAUGUUUUGAACAACCCCCUUGGUCUCAAUGUCUCGACCAUCAAGGAUACAGCGUUUGACAUCUUAGGCAAGACCCCCGAGGAAAUCGUCAGUGAUAUCCUUAAAUCGUGGCGAAUCCUCCAUAUGGAGUCUUUACUGCACCCUGAUCUCGUCAAGAGGUUCUGGGCGUACAAACAGUCGUUGCGAGAGACUAUCACGACAGCGACGGGUCAGCUCAGCAACAAGCUGCCUCCCCAUUCAAAGCUCGAGGGUCGCGUGCUUUCGACCCUCUCUCACCAAGAUGUCAUCGACAACAUGCUGGCACCCCGAAUUACUUUCUACGGCACUCAGGUCAAAUCAGUGGCCUCCAUCGUUCGCCAUGGCUUCAAGCUACAAGGUCAAGUGGUUGGUUCUGAAGCUAUUGCGCCCACUGGAUCAGGCAUCGCACUUGACCAUGGUAUCUACUCUUCUCUCUCAAUCCCCAUCCUUUGCGCUUGGUUUCGCCAUUGA